AUGAACGAGCUUGAGAAAUAUAAGCGUCAAAUUUCAUUAUGGGGAAAAGAACAUCAGGAUAUUUUAAUGAGUAGUUGUGUUUGUUUUUUAGGAAGUGAUUUAAUAAUUUUUGAAAUUUGUAAAGGUUUAUUAUUGAGUGGAGUACAUAACUUAACAAUUAUAGACGAUCAAAAGGUUGGUGAGAAUGAUUUAAAAUAUUAUAUGUUGAACAAUUCAAGUAAAUUACAUAAAUAUAAAUGUAAUAUAAUAAAAGAGAACUUGAUAAAUAUAAAUAAAAAUGCAAAUAUAAAAUGUGUUAUUAAUAAUCCUAUUGAUUAUUUUUAUAAUAAUAUAAUGAAUGAUAAUAAUUAUGAUAUAUUGAUAUGUAACUUGUCUGUAAAAAAUAAUUUAAAAAUUGAAAAAGUGUGUAGAAAAUAUAAUAAAAAAAUAAUUACUUGUAAUGUUACUAAUGUUAUAGGGUAUUUAAAUAUAAGAAUAGGAAAGCAUAUAUAUAUGGGGAAAAAACAACCAAACAAAUUAAGUUGUAAUGAUAGUACAUAUUCCUUUUCUUAUUAUUACAACAUAGCUUUAUCGUUAUAUGACGACUUAAAGGAAUAUAUAAAUGAUGUAGAUUAUUUAAAUUUUCAAACAAAUAAUGAAUUAAGUAAAAUAUUAUUUUUAGCAAAAAUUUAUCAUAACUUUUCUUAUGAAAUUAAUGAGACAAUAAGAUCUGAAAAAAUAAUAAAAUGUGUUAAAGACAAAAUAAAAUUAACAAAUAUAAGUUAUGGAAAUUUGAAUAAGGUAGACUAUUUUAUUUAUUUAUUGAAUAUUAAAAAAAGAAUAAAAUUCAUUUUACAAAAUAAUAAUUAUAUAACUAAUGAAGGGUGUAAUAACCAUAUAUAUUUAUUUUUAAUUAUCUAUAAAAGUUUUAUAAAAAAAAAAAAAUAUAUGCCAUAUUUAUACAAUGGCAAUAAUGAUGGAAGUAAAAAUGUAGAACCAUUUCGAGGAAUAAACGAGAUUAAAACUAUUUUGAAAAAAAGAAAAUAUGAGGAUGAAAAAGAGAUUAAAUUUUUAAUUAUAAAAAAAAAAAAAAAAUAUAACUUUAAAAAGGAUUUUGAAAUUUCUCAUUUUGUCUAUUUAUUUUCAAAUUUUUUUUACAUAAAUUUUGUUGAUAGUGAAGAGAGGGUCAAUAAAAACCAAACAUUGAUGGAAAACUUUUUGUAUUUUUAUUAUUUACACAGUGUUUCAUGUAAUCAUGAUAAUAGUUUAGGUAGCAGUUUAAAUGAUAAUGGGGAUUGUUCCUCAGACGGGUUGAGGGAAGAGCACAGCUUAGCAAGCAGUGAACUACUACUUUGCAAUGACAAAAAGGACUUGCUAAACUUUGGGAGGCACACCCAUUUUAAUAACAUAAAAAAGGGAGAAGUAGAAGAGGAAGUAGUAAAACAAAAUUGUAAUGAUAAAGAUGGCACAUUUUUAUUUUUCAAAAUGGAUAAUCAAAAAUUACGAAGCAUGUCUUAUAUUGAUGUUAAUGUUAAUACGUUAUUGGAAAAAAUAAAAAUUAGUAAUAAAUUAUUUGAAGAUUUAGAUAAGCUUAAACAUGUUUCUUCUAACUAUUUAACUACAAUUAUGUCAGGAUUAAUAACCCAGGAAGUUAUAAAAAUAUGCUCAAUAUAUUUAAAGCCACAUAUAAAUUAUUAUUUUAUAAAAACAAGUUCCUUACAAUUUAUGCAUAGUGUGUAUGGAUAUAUUUUAAUAAAAACAUGUAUUUCAAAUAGUCAAAGAGUUUGUAAAGAUUGA